UUGGUGCCUAUGUAAUGACUAUAACUUCUCAAUCAAUCUCAAUUAUUAGUAUUAAUCUCUGAAGGUAUAGUAAUAACAUCUAAAUCUAGUACUCCGUAAUUUUCAUUUUUCAACUAAGUUUAAUAACUACGGAAAGAUAAUUGAUCCUAAGCUACAUAUAAACCAAAUUACUAGCCUUUGUGAAAAGACUUAACCACACCUCCAAGCCAACAACAUAUAAUCAUUCUAAAUUUAGUGCAUCUUCUUUGCCUUUACCUUUUGUCCAAGUCUCUUUACCAAAUCCAACCUCAUGGAUUUGCAAAACUCCUCUUCUAGAGCUUUCACCCUCAUAAUUAUCUACCUUUCCUAUUUCUUAAUCCCCUCAAACAAUCAUCACAUUAACAAUCCUUACUUAACCAUUUAUUCCCAUCAAAUUAUCCUUAAUAAAACUAUAAUUAGCCAACUAGUUAAGCCCAAAAUCACAUAUUUUCUAGUACAACAUGCCAAAUAACCAUAAUAGUGCCAUCUUCCAAGCCCCAUGCCCAAAACAUGCAUUCAUCUACAACAAAACUUUGUGUUCAUGUUCACCAGGCUAUCUUUACAACGUUUCUACUAAAUCAUGCCCUUUCUUUAACAUUUCGCCUUUAGAGUGGUGGACGAGUUCCUCAGUAAAGCACACCAAAGUCGACGAUGGUUAUCAAAAUGCGAUCAAAUAUGAAGUAUAUUAUCUUUGGUGUAGCGUUGUUGUAUUGUUGAUGUGGGUGUUACUAUGUGCAAUCGUGAGGUUUGGGAAGCUUAAGGAUGGAAGAAACGCUUGGUUUCAGAUUCGCUGGUGGAUUAGUCGCCUCGAUUUUACGUUUUCUACAAAACAUUGGCUUGCUGAUCAAAAGGUAGUUAAGAAGCGGAAAUCUGAACUAGGAGGAACAUUCACAAUAGCUAGUUGGAUACUUUUCAUUGGUUUGCUUGCUGGACUACUGUACCAGAUCAUAACUACGCUUGGAUUAGAAGUAUAUACCAUGAAGGCAGCAAAUGCACCAGAUUUAGUAUCUUUUAUUAAUGAUUUAGAGUUGAACAUAACUACCAUUUCUAGCAUGACUUGCUCUCAGUUUCGUGGUCCGAGCACCAUAGUUCUUGGCACCCCAGGCUCCAUAGGCUAUAGCAUAAUCCCUUUCUCAAACUUUGCAAACUAUUCUUCCCAAAACUCCAGUAUAGGUCCUGUGGUGACUCUCAGAUGCCGGAACUGCCCACUCGCUUAUGAGAAUGUGUACGUUUCAUGGCAAUUUUUCGAUAUAAAAAACAAGUUUCCUGCCACAGCUGUUGGCUUCCAGUUCAAUUUCUCUGCAAAGAGUCAUGUUGAUGAGCACAAAUAUGCAAAUUUUGUCAGUGGAAGAAUAAAGAAUGGGAUGAAAUCAGACAAUACAAGCAUAACUUACAGAGGAGCUAACACACAUGUAUUGAAGUUUAAUCUGUUUCCAAGGGUUCAUCUUAAUGUAAAUGGUCUUAAGCUUCUUCAGCCCUCAUUUCAUGAGUUUCGGCCUGGCUCUUCUGCUCGCGAUAAAGACAAGCUCCGGUCAUUACUACACAGUCCAAAGAAUGGACUAAUCAACACUACAUUGGCACUCCGUUUUCUGACUGAAUAUAUGAUUGAGAUUGAUGAUGGAAAAAGAUAUACUGGACUAGUGAGUUUUCUUGCGGAUGUUGGUGGUCUAUAUUGCCUCAGUAUUACACUAUUUCUUUUGCUCUUGACUCUGUUUGAAUCCCGGAUCAAACGAAUACGCAAUGAAGAUCAGGUUAUGCAAAACAUCAAAAAACGAAGAAUUGCUGAGGAUCACUGGCAUAAGUUACGAAGAUUCGUGGCAUAUACGUUUGGUUCUCGCUUGUUAGAUGAAAGAUACAACAUGAAAGAGGAGCCAACAUGCUGCAUUGGAGGAAAUGGAUUAUCUAUAAGUAAAUUCAGACAGCGUGAGAUUAAUAUUCAGUCUUUCGGCCUCAUAAGACAACCUCAGCCCAGCUGAUGCACAGGUUCUUAGAGAUGCAUCCAGAAUCACUAAAGGAGUACAAACCAUCAACUCCUCGAAACCAUCAGACAUCUUUAUAAAGGAGUCAUCUAUGCUUAAAGAACAUUAUAUAGCACCGCCACCAUUUUUACAAGCAGAAAUUAAUGGUGACUCGCCAGCUGAUGUACAAGUUCUACGAAGAGAGCUUCGAAAUCUAUACGAAUACAAUGCAAUGCUGAGGGACAAGUUAGUUAGUGUUCAGAUUAAGCUAGAUGAUUUGACAGCACACAUUUCAUUUGCAAGAGAGGCUUGAAAUCGGAAUGCUUGUUGCUAAAGAAUGCAUAUUGAUGGCCACAUAGUUCGUUCAUUAAUAAUUCAUCAAUGAUAUUAAUAUCUUAAUUUAGAAUGACUUAGCCACAGAUGAAAAUAAUAAGUCAAAUCAAACACUAAUUACAACCAAGAACACAUAAUACAUGUAUGAGUCAAUCAGGUUUACGGUUUAUCUUAAUUACAACAAUUAUCAGUAAAGUGGAAAAAUAUAAUUACCCAACGUCCAAAUGUAGCAUUCAAAUAAUCUACAAUGGAUAGCGAGGGGAACAAAUUAGUUUAGGAUUUCACAUUUCUAAACAAUGCCAAUUUAUCAUUAGCACCAUUUUUAGGCCUAAUCAAAGUGAACCCAAAAUUAAUUUAAUAUUAAAACAUCAAAGGAAAACAAAGCGUUUUAAAAUAGAAAAAAGCAAGAAAAGAACUCAGUCCCUUAGAUGUUCAAUGAAGUGCGAUCAUUUCCGCAAAAUCAUUACAGGUCUGUAUUGACUCAUCACCGUUACAUUUCUUGCCAAUUAAAAACCCAACAAAUAAAAAUUAAAGGGUAGAUUAUGAAUUUAGCUGCUUUCAAUAAUCUUAAUCGCUGAAAAAAACGAAGAAGAAAGUAAGAGAAAACAACACGAAUUAAUGUUGCUUCAAGGGAACGAGUCAAUGGGAAUUCAUAUUCUCCACAUCAACCAACAAAUGAAGCCUUCUUUCAAUUUAACCAAAAAAUAGAGAAAAUUUGAAAAAAUGAAAAAAUUAUACCGAAGUAUUACGCUGGAAAUCUGAAAUUUACAGGAAAAGAAAAAAAACAAGGAUAGAGAAUAGUAUAAACCCUAGCUGUAUUGACAGACCUGGAAAAGCGACGGAUGAAUGGAUGAUUUGACGAAGAAAUGGAGAGGUAUUUAUAAGGUGGGAGACGGCCGGAAGAGGUUGGAAAUUAGGGCCUUUAGGGGUUCUGAUUUUUUUAGGUUAAGUUCUUCGCUCCAAGGCCUCUAAUCUCUAAUCUCUGGGCCAUAUCCGGUCGUGCCUCGUGUAUUUUUGGGUUGGUUAAGCUCAAUCAUGGCUCAGCCCAUGAGUUUUGAAUUUUUAAAAGAUUAGCUGGUG